ACCUCCAGCCGUUUGGCGAUUUUUACGAAACAAAACUGUUUCAUUUUACAUGCAAUUUUAAAAUUUUGAACUUAAAUAGUAUUUUCGUCGUUAUAUCUAAUGGAAAAGGACGAUAAAGAUGCAGACGGGUUCUCUGAUACUGUCAGCAAAAUGGCAUUACUCGAAAAAUCCAAAAUUGAGUUCAACAGAGAAAAAAGAUUGAUGAUAAAAAACUUACCUGACAAUGUGUCAGACAAGGAUAUUCGAGCCUUCAUGGGUUUCAAUGGGGAGUUUCCAGUGGAAGAAAUACUCAUUGGAAAGACUGCCGGACAGAGCACAGCCGUUGUGACCCUAAAGGACCCCGGCCUUGUGGAAGACGCCAUUUCAAAGCUGAACAACACGAAGCUCGAGAAUCAGACGGUCACGGUGUCGGUGUUCCGUAGCGAGAAGAUCCUAUGUGUGGCUCACUUGCCCCUGGACAUCACUGAGUACAGGUUCAGAGAGCUCAUGUUGCAACAUGGCAAUGUGGACAUGUGCUUUCUGAUGAGGUCUGAGGAAACGGGUGACAGUAAGGGCUAUGGUUUUGUGGAAUACAAUGAAGGCAUUGAGAAAGUGGGUCAGAUAAAGUGUGCCAUAGACUGGUCGCAAGUUGAAGGAAACACGCUGCACUGUGACGCUAUCGUAGACAGCACCCAGUCUGGUAUCACAUUCGGUGACCUCCACUCCAGGUGCCUAAUUAUCGACAACCUGCCGUCCGACUACACAGACUCGCUUGCCUUGAGAGAGCUGUUCAGUCAGCUUGUGAGGCCUAUCUAUUGCCAGAUUGUUCUCAAGGAAGGCACAUCACUGGGCUAUGGUAUCGUGGAAUAUGACGAGGCCUUGGAUGCUGAGAAGGCUUUUAACAAGUUCAACAGGCAUAAAAUCAACAGCAAUUCCAUCAGAAUCUUAUACUGCAUCCCUGGAAAGUCUGCCGUACACAUGUUCAACAGAAUUAUGUUUAAAUAUGGUGACCGUGUCCAUGUGAACAAGUCAGUGCUGCUGCCAGACCCUGUGUACCCCAACCCAGCCUUCCUGAAACACGUCUUCUUCAAGACACAUGUGGCCAAGCAUCCUAGAUUGCUGGUACAGUUCACAGACAACUUGCUGAACCUCCAGGAGGGCUACGUGAGACAACUGGAGGAUAGAACCAACACAAAACCAGGUUUGCUGGGUCCAGCACCGACAAUUCCGAUGUCCCCGUUAAUGGAUGUGAAUGUCCAACUGGGUCUACUGUCUGUCAUAGUACUGGACAUGAGAGAGAAGGGGCUUUACAAUGGACAGGUGCCUGAUCCCCUUGGAAAGUUAAAAGUGCCAUCAGACGAGGAAUUCCAACAAAAAGCUGAGCCUGUUUCGUUGCUUGGUGACCCCCACACAGCCCAGGCAAACAUGGUCCUGAAGAACAUCCUGAUGCCGUGUGAGAGCCCAAACUUCCAGCCCCGUGGGGCCUCGAGGGACCCUACUGCCCCAAAGUUGCUGGGGAAACAGAUUGGGGAGAUGAGUCUGCCGUACCUGGCCAGUCUUGGCAGAAUGAUGGCCAUGAUGGUGGAGAAUAGCCAGAGUCAGGGAAUUCUGGGAAACAUCCCUCAUCCAACGUCACAGGGACCCAACAAGCCCCUGAUUGAGGGCCUUAUGCAGGCGGGAAAAGUGGCACAGAAAAUACUCAACUCCAUCCAACAACAAGCCACAACAGGAAGUGCAAACAGGAACCAGACUGGACAUUUCAGUGCUAACAUAAAUAAUUCAAGGAAUUUUAACAGUAUGAACCAGUCUGGAAAUUUUAAUGCCAUGAAUUUAGCUGGAAAAUUUGAUCCUACAGGAAACCAGUUUGCUCAAAGGAAUCAGUCAAGCAUAAAUGGAAACCAGCCACAAAGUCUUCUUGGAAAUCCACCGAUAAUGGGAAAUCCCCAAAAUACAGAAAAUCUACAAAAUAUGGGAAAUCUUCAGAAAAUGGGAAAGCAAAACAUGUCAGGUUCAUCAAAUUUCAUGAACACUGUAAGGGCAUUAUCUAUGCAACAACAACAACAGAUGCUGGACAAGACUGGCCCCAACAAGAUGGCUGGGUUGCUAGGGAACAUGAAAGGAACCGGUAUGGGAGCUGGGGGUGACGGGUUGCUAGGCAACUAUCCUGGACAAGACUCUAAGCCUCCACAGUCGUUACUUGGCCAGCCCCCUAAGCCCCUUCUCAGCCUCAACCUUAACAACAAGGGGGAGGGACUGAUUCCCAUACCCAAAAUGGAGGACUCGGGUCUCUAUGGGAACAGUGGAAUGAGCAACAAUGACUCUGGUUAUCAGGGAGGCUUUGAUGAAUAUGACACAGGCGAUGUCUUUAAUAACGGCUCAAAUAACAACUUUGGUAUUGGUAACUAUGGAAACGGUAACAGCCUUGGUAACUACGGGAAUGGAAAGCCCUUUGGUAGCUAUGGAAACGGAAAUAAUGUUGGACGUAUGUCAAGCAGUGGAUACAGUGUUGGCAGAAUGCCAGGAUUGAGCAGACGGGGUAGCCAGGGUAACCAGCAGACGUCUAGCAACAGUCAACUGUAUCCAGGGAUUAUGAACCAAUACCAAUCAGAGGGGUAUGAUGGGCCGAACUUCUCUGGUAUUAACAAUGGGAAGAGAGGCGACAGUUGGCAGCAGGGUCAGGACGGGUCCAGCAAUGAACUAUCAAGCAUGGCAGAGAAGGCAGCCCUGUAUGCCGCAGGGGCAGCAGCCGCUUAUAAACAUCAGUAUGAGGAGUACAUGUCCCAGCAGGGUGGGGCAGGGGGAGGGGGAUACUACAGCCAGUCUCAGUACCAGUCGUACAGUAACAUGGACAACUCAGAGGGCUUGCAGAGCAAUAAACGAAGUAUGAGCGCUGACAGUCAAAGCAAGAGCAAUAACUGGGGUUACCAGAGUUCCUAUGGCAACAACAGCAGCAACAAUAACAACUAUGGUUCUUAUGGCACAAACCAGUCAUAUGGGCAGAACAGUGGAGGUCAAGGGGACGGUUUGCUUGGUCCUGCACCCAUAGGCACAAAACCCAAUAUGACAACUCCCCACGGCCAGAAGCGAGCCUUCAGUCACAUACUGCCGUCCCCGGAGCCCAGCCCAGAGGGAGACUACAUCGGUCAGCACUCGCAGGGCAUCGGCGGCCACUAUGCAGACAGCUACAAACGACAGAAACUCUCUGGACGAUUUUAGCUUGAAAAGAUUUGCUUCCUCUACAGCAGUGAUAGAUCUCUUCUUAUAUGUGAAGGCAGGUCAUUCCAGACAGCUACAAAUAACAGAAACUCUGCACUAUUUGAGAUUCACUUGAAAGGAUGUGCUUCCUGUACAGCUGUGACAGAUUUCUUAGCUUCCCAUGAUUGAAUAAUUGUCUAUUAAAGACAACUGCAAGUACCUGAAACUGUCUGUACAACCGUAGCUUUAUUUACAUAGUUGGGGGUCUUAAAUACAGCUUUGAAUUGCAUAAACUCUAAGAACGAUUUUAGCAUGGUUUGAAAAAGUUGUGUGUCUUUUAUUAGGCUAUGUGUGCCAAGAACUAUAUGGACGAUUUUUUUUAAUUUGUUGUUUUUUUCUCAUUGAACUAUACAAAGUAGAAACUAUUUUAGCUUGUGCUGAAAUGUUGUUGUAAUACAAAGACAGUUAUAGGAGAAUAGCUGUUAAUUAAAGACGGCUACACAUAGAAAUGUACAUCAUAAUUUUAGCUUGUGAUAAAAGUUGUGGAAGGCAAACAUCAAUAAUGCCCAAAGAACUUGGCUUGGUAUGAAUUAGUUUUAAAGCACAGACUGCUAUCAAAGGCAGAUUAUGAGAUAUGUGCAAAUUAAUUUUAUCUUGCCAUUGAAGUUUCCCUCACAUAACAGCUUCACAAGGUAGUGUCUCGUGAGACAAUUUUAGCUAGCGCUUGAAAAUCUAUAAUAUUCUAUUUUGAACUUAACAUUUUUUCUGGCAUAUAAACUGAUGGCAGCAACUCUUGAGUCGUUAUAGCAUUCACUUGAAGGUUGAUGAUUGAAGAAAGUUUUAUUUUGGGAAAAAUUUGUUGGACAAUAAGAGGGUGUAAGUGAACAGUACAGGGUCUUAUAACAAAAUGUCUCUCAAUGCUGUUAGCCUGUCCUUUACCACUGUUGUUGCAUACAAACUACAGACAGGCCUUGACACUAACUUUUUUGACAGGGUACCCGGAGGGAACCCUACUUUCAAUUUUUGGUGACCCUCACCCAAACUAGGGUUCCCUCUUGUUUCGACGCACAGCGACCCUCAGCGUAAGCGCAAAUAAGUACAAGAAACAUACUAGUAGUGUACACAUUUUUAUUUCCUAUAUUCAAUUCAGUUGCCAUUUAAAGCAGACCCAUUAAUAGCUCAUAAGCCUUGUCUUGUAACAUAGUCAGUGUAUGGUCUGCCUAAUUUGGCUACAUAAUGGGAAUGUCUAAAGAGUAUACAUACCUUAUUGAUUGCUGCCUUAUUUAACAUACCAAUGGUUUUGCUACCUGUUGUACUAUUGGUAGGGGCAGUUUCUGCCUUGUACCGCAGAGCAUUUUAUUGUGGCCUUCAGACUCGGCUGUUUUCUGAUGGCUUUUUUUUUUUUUAGUUUUCACUCUCCCCCAGUGGCAAAUGGCCCCUCAUUGUCAUAUUUCUGUCAAAUAGUGCAUACCAUAGUAGUUUUUUUCUUGAUCAUAGGAUAACCAAGACCAGAUUUUUGCCCAAUCAUCCUGAAAAUGCCCAUUUCGUUUCACUUUCUCGUAACACCUAAGAGUUUCCAACAGCUCUGCAUUUGUUUUUGUUUUUUUGGGUGCGGGCUCUUUAACACCCUCUAGGGACCCUCCAGGUAUCUCCACAUAUUUAGCGCAGCUGUUUUUAGAGAAAACCCGAGCUAUUGUCAUAGCCAGCUCGUCCGACGUCCGCCGUAGGCGUUGUGCUAAAACCUUAACAUUGGCUCUAAAAUCAAAGUGCUUCCACCUACAACUUAGAAACUUCAUUUGUAGAUGCACCUUGAUGAGUUCUACACGGCACACCCAUUUUUGGGUCGCUAGGUCAAAGGUCAAGGUCACUGUGACCUCUAAUAUCAAACUUUAACAUAGACUCUUAAAUCAAAGUGCUUCCACCUACAACAUUGAAACUCUAUAUGUAGUUGCGUGGCACCCGUGAUGCGGUGCUCUUGUUUGUUUAAAUUAUCACAUUUAAAAGUGAGUUUUGUUUUUGUUGCGGGGUCGCGAAAACCGAUUAGUUAUCGACCAGGAGUUACUUUCCUUCUCAGGCUGGAUUGCACUUUACCGGUACGCAGUUGUUAGCCUUCGCGUAAUCGGAAUAUUUCGCGCAUGUACCACAUAAUAACUGGUCAGAGAUAUUAAGAAUACACUACUUACCGUUUCUGAAGUUCUUUUUAUAAACUUAUAAGAAAUAAAAGGUAAUUACCCGGAUUCAAUAUGGUCAAUCAAUACGAAGUGGUUCUAUAAAUUUAGGGUUCCCGGAGGAUCACCCAACUUGAAAGAACUGGUGACCCUCGCCAAAAUCUGGGGGCCUCAGGUUCCCGGACCACCGUUAGUGUUGAGGCCUGACAGAACAUUAUAAAGUCUCAGGAUAAUGUAAACAAACACUGAAAGUAAUUGCUCACAUAUACAGGUCUACAAAUCACAGGCUAUGUAGGACUAUUUAAGCUUUCUACUGCAACAAAAAUGUUUGUAUAAGCAUGCUUUAGAAUUAUGGACUUUUUCUAAAAGCAGUGAUUCUCAUUUGAUUUCAAGAUAGGGUAAAUGUCUUGUAGUUUAUUUAACAUUAUUUAAUUGUCGUUAUAUCUUAACACAGAACACAUUUGUACUGUUUUACAUAUAAAUAAUUCAUAAAGCUUUCCACCCUUCUAUAGCUCUCUUCCCGUGUUGAAAUCUAAUACUCAACGUUCUCCUGUGCUCUUUACGUGGUAUUCUUUCUGCAUUUUCUUUACUUGUCAACUUUCCUCUCUCUGAUGGUGUCUUGCAUAUGUUCAUGGAUGUUAAAUUGCUUUUGUAAACCUGUCCUAAUCUUCUAUCUUCUCAUUUGAUAUGAAAUUUUCAUGUAAUAUUAAGACUUACAUAAGGAGCUUUGAGAACAUGAGCUCAAAUUCAUUUGUAUUAAUUUGUAUUCAUUAACUCGUAUAGGUCUAUGCCAACUUCACCUCUUGAUCUAUUAUGUAAAAUACAAUAGACAGGGGAAUGACUGAACAUUUUAUUAAUACCUAUUCACUUCUUUUAAACCCCAUGUUUCAAGAUUAUAUGUGUUAAUUACGUAAAUAUUGUAAAUAGCACAAUAUGUUUGUUUUUAUUACUAUUGUAUGCCAUACAAACCCAUUGUGUAUAUAUCUGUAUUGUAUUUUAAAAUAUGCGUCUAGCACACCCAUCUUGCCUCUUUUUCUGUGUUUAUCAUGUAUUGUUCUUGUUCGAUAUUAUAUUCCUGUUUUAUCUAAUGGUUGUGAGCUGAAUUGUGAGAACAAUAAUGAUGUGUUCAGUUAUCCUAACUUGAAGUAUUGUCUCUGCUUUACAAACUUAGAUCUUGCUUAAUCUCUUAACUAUUUUCAAAUGUGUAUUUUGUUCCACAGUAUUAUUGUUGCUCCAUCAUGUUAUGUGUGUACCAUAUGCAUUUCAGUUUUAUAAAUGGUGUUUUUAUUAUAAAUUCUUUGAUGAUUGUAGGUCAUAUAAUUCUCAGUUGUAUUAUUUUAUUUUCUGAAUAGUUGUUUCCAUAACUAUGUAGUUUUCUUAAUCCAUGUUAAACAGGUGUGAAUCAAUUAAUUGAUGAAUGAAUGGCCAUAGUUGAUUUGAUUUCUGGAAAAAAACGGGCUUAAGGCAUGUGCGUAAACUAAUUAGAUACCGGUAUGUCACAAACCCAGAUUAGCCUAUUCACUGUCGACAGGCUUACCAGAGAUGACACUUUCUUAUUUUAUUGAGCUUUUUGUUUAAAGGAACAAUCAGUCUAUUCGAAAUGCAUCGUUCCAGAAAAGCCUGUGGGCACUUCAUGAGAACAAUACAUUACCCACAUGAAUUAAGCCCGAUUUUCACAGGGACCACCUCAUAUCUUGGUAACUGCAAGUUCAUAGGGAUUAUUUUGAUUAUAUACUGUUUUGCAUGUAAAUAAAUAAGUAAUUUGCAAAUAACUGCUAGAUAAUAGCCUAGUAACUUAUUCAGAUUGGUAAAUUACAUCUGUUUUGCAGUUAGAUAUUUUCUGAUAAAAAUCGUUCUCUUAGUGCUAUUUUGAAAUCAAUAUUUUACUUUUAAGCAAGGCUUGAAUCCUUAUCCUUGUUAUCCUAAUCGAACAAUGAGCGGAGUUUGAUAUAUAUAAAAAAUUCCUCAUACCACCAAUACAACUGUCUCGGAUAGUGAAAUAGGGUUGGGUUUUAAAUGCUACAGUGUACUUUUAUUGUAUUUUAUUAUUUCUUUGAAUCUGUUCUAUUUGUUAAUGAUAACGAAAUAAAAAUAUUUGAUUUUAAAACAAA